GGAUACACCGACUUGUGCUGGAGUAGAUCAUACUGGAAGAACGGAACGAAGGCGAAGAAAGAGGGGGCUGAAACGCAAAAGAGAAGAGCGAGAUGGAGGAAAAGACGAAUCCAGGAAUAAGCGGUGAUGCAAUGGAGAGGAUAUCAGAGAGGCUAUCGUCUUUGGAGAACCUAUACUUCCCUCGCGCUUUACAAUCAGCUGCCGCCGACCCUUCUCAACGGAAGGCCAUCUUUUCCGACCUUCUUUCUCGAGACGUCGCCCUUUUCUUAGAACGGUAUGGGUCCCUACUUACAAGCAAUGAAUUGCGCGAGUUUGAUGCGCUGAAGUCUGACUAUGAAAUCAAUUGGCAUUUGAAGCGUCUUUGGAGCAUAAUGAGCCCAACAUCGGAGGAGUUGAGGAUGAGGUCAGUCACUGUGAAGAACCGAAGGCGGGCAUACUUGGAUAAAUUGAUGUGCGAUGGAGACUACUUUUCGGAAGAUGCAAUGAGGGAGAGAGAGCCGUAUCUACAUCACGAGUAUGUGGGGAGAUUUCAGGACCAAAGUGGCAGAGGCAUGGCAAGGCCUGGAGAGCGGUGGUCGGAGACUUUGAUGAGGAGGUCAGAGGAAGCAUUCCUCGUUGCAAAAAUUAGAGGGGAGCAGCAGAGGUUAGGCGUGGCUGAAAGGGACUGGAUUGGUAAUGAGAGGAUUCAGGAGGAAGAGGAGGAGGAGGAGGAAGAGGAGGAAGAAGAGGAGGAAGAAGAGAGGAGGAAUGUUACUCGUGAUAGACACCCUACUGCGGCGCACUUAAAUCACUCGGAUGAUCCAUCGGACCAGACAAGGGAGAACGAGGAAUCAUCUUUAUCUCCGGAAGAACUGCAGGAUCGUUUGAAUCAAUUCACCUACAUAAUGCAGCAGAAGUUCUUGCUGGGGGAAGAUCAAGAACAUUUAGAUUACUCUAGGAUAGACAAUGAUGAGACCCUUGACGAUCAUUGGCAGAGGGAGGCCAACGUUGAUGCAGAGGAGAAGUAUUUUGCUGAUGAUUAGACUGGUAAUCAGAUGUGCAGACAUUACAUGUAUUUCACCGUUCACUAAUACGGUUUAUGUUCGUAAUUAUAAAGGUUAGAUUAUUCAGUAUCAGUUCGAUGUUUGUUGCUUAUUGUGUUUACCUGCAUCAGUCACACUGCAAUUCUACGUUGGGGAGCCUGGCCCUAAGGGCCAGUUUGAUA